AUGGAAUCUCCAACAAAGAUGGGCAGUGGUGCGGACUUAUAUAUCCGGCGCAGAAGUGAACACAGUGUUGAUGCGUCUACAGAGGUGCCGUGGCUUCAGGAUACAAGCCCCACGAACAGAACCCCCCGGACGCCUCUCAGAUCAAGAUCUCACACACCAGACCCGAACGCUUCAUUCGUGAACCCAUCAUCCGCCCUACUUCAGGAUUUGCUAAAGGAACAACGUGCGAGCCGAGGAGCCCGGUCAGGUGGGUUGGAGGAGCUGGAAAAUAGUCCACAGCGUACGCCGGAGUGGUGCCAAUCUCAAUCUCUAUCCAACUCGCAGGACGAGGUCGGCUCCGAGAAACAGAAAGCGAACAAGAUGUCAUUGAAUGGCAGUGUUAGACGACCCCCAGAAAUGGGAGUGAGAGAAACAGACCAGUAUAUCUCGAAAAUCAGCAAGCAGAAUUUCGACCUGAAACUGGAGAUCUUUUAUCGUGUGCAGCAACUAUCGACGUUAGAAAAGAAGUUGGAACGGAUGGAUGAACUGGAGGAGGAGGUCCAACGCAUGCGUGGGCUAGAAGAUGAGGUGCAGGAGCUUAGGGCGGCUCAGGCAGAUAACCAGAGACUCCUAGAAACCAACGAACAGCUAGAGCAGGAGAUUGACAAGCGAGAUCAGGCUGUUACUGAAGCUGUGGACUUGAUAUGUCAACUCGAGGCGAGAAUGGAGGAGCUUGGCAUAGACCUGGAUGUUUCAAGACCUUCAGCUACAUAUCCUUCAUAUGGCGGUGACUCUGGUGUUGCUACACCCAGGAACGCCUCCACUGUUGACAUUCCAGAAAGAACGUCCUCCAGGGGCGGCGUUAGACGGUCUGAACGUCGCCAAUUCUCCUCGGGUUCCCGGUAUCUUCAACGUGCGCCGUCUUUCCUACUCGAAGAAAGCAAAAGUACGGCAGCUCUACGCAGUCUUUAUGUUGAGAUGGAUGAUAAUCCUCUCCCUGAACCGGCUGCCAUCACGAAAUCUGAGAGUAUGAACUCUAUGGGCGAGACUACAGAACCGGAGUCACCGAGGUUGAGUGCUUUGAGUGAGUGCAGCGAACUGAAUAUCCACGAUAGUCCAAUCGUUGAAGAUGGAUUUGACCAAAUUGAUAUUCCUGUACGGCGAAACGAGAUAUGUGCUCAAGAUGCGAACCUUUCCUCGUCCACGAUAGUAAAGUCCUCUCGCGAUUUGGCCCGUAUGGACAGAUGGAACCCGAUGGAAGCAGACAAUUCCUUCAACUGGAUCGGUACACAACAGAGGACUCGACGCCUAUCGGACGUCUUCAAAGAGCCUGAGACAUCGAGUCCCAACAGUUCAUUCAAUGGCUCCAGCAAAUCCAAGAUGGAGAGUAUUUUUGGAAGUGCGCGCCUUCCUCCAACACCUGACACUAUGGUUACAGGAUACCCAGGGUGGGCGAAUAGCUCAUCCAACAGUACCAUCGCAGACAAGGGCCAGUCAGACCCAAAGCAACUCCUUCCCCGGCCUCGCUCGGUGGGUGAAUUAACAGCUAAACGGAGCUCAAUCAACGGUGAGCCUAGAGAAAGCUUGGACACGAACAUGAGCAAGGUUACGCUGCCACGGUCCAACCUUGACGAACGGGAGGAAGACCCUGCCAUCCUCCCCCUGAACAGCAUCCAGGUUCCGUACGGCUAUACUGAGAAUCACGGAAUCCUCCCCGGAGACUUCGAUAGGGUCCUCGAGCGAAUGAACAAGGAGUACUACUCCCCAUCUAGGAAAACCUCUCGCGACGAAACGGCCAGCUUGACAGCCGAUGACUGGAUCGAGGCGGGCCGUCCCGGAACCCAGAACCGAACAGCCCUCCCAAUUGACUCUCGAGUCGUCCGUACACGUGCGCCCAGCCAAUGCUCCUUCCUAGGUCGUCGACACAGCAUUGAUUCUGCAGUCCGGGAACCCACCCUACCCAUCAUCCAAACUCUCAACCCGCGCGCUCUGGAGGAGGAUGGUGAUGAUGAACCAGCACAUACACCUCAGACCGCGGGCCCCGAGCCCGAGCAGCGCCGUAGAAUCAGCCUCCUCCCACAAUUCUUCAGUCGCUCCGGCAACUCUCGCCGGCUCCAACCCUCUCCGAUGCCUGAGCCCAUCGACAAGGACGAUGGUGCACCUUCUCCUGUCAUCCGUAAGACAAGGAAUCAACCAUCUAAGGCUCCCCGUCCAUUAUCCGGGCAAGCUUACGACUUCAGCGCUUCCGGGCCAACAUACGCCGAAGAGAGCAUGCCCCGUUCCUUCACGGAAGCAAAUCUCGGCAGCUCCUACAACUCCACAACAAGCAGACCCUCAACGUCUAAUGGCGGGAAAGACCACAAACGCCGCGGCUCACUCGGUUUAUUCGGCUGGAUGAAGGGUGCCAGCGCAGGACUGGGCUCCUCGCUCAAGAAAUCGGAUGCGGCAUCUUUCAACCCGCCAACAUCUACUAAAUCUGACUGCCCAAUAACGCCAGCAACAACUUCCGCUGCAGCAAGCACUCGCGCCUCCUCCCGCAUCGCUACACACGACAAUGUCACAUUUACGCCAGGCCAGGAGCCCACCAAGCCCGUCGGUGCCGAACCGGCAGUGGAAGAGUUUGCAACUCGAACCAGACACCCUAAUCGCUCAGAGGAGCCGGCCGACGAGCAUGGCCGGCGUCCGCGAUACAUGGAGCGCCGGUCGAGGCGGACUUGA